AUGCUAAUGUCGCCGCUCUUGGCAAGUGUGCCAUCGGCCUUGCUCGUGGCGGUUCUACUCUGCUUCAUUAUUCCCAACCGCUUCCCUCACCACGGGCGUGCCACUCCGCCUCCCCGGGCCAGCGUCAAGACUUUCGACUUGGUUGGUUCCACGUCAACGUUGGCGGGCGUCACGCUGCUCAUCACAGGGUUGGAGGAGGCGGCCGCGUCUCUCCGAUGGAAGACAGCCCUCACGAUCGGCCCGCUCUGUGCCUCUGGCGUAGCAUGGGGGGUGUUUCUUGCAAGCCAGUGGUACAUCAGCCGCCCGGGAAGGACCCGAGCACAGCCUGUUUUCCCCUGGCGCUUUUGCCAAGAUCGAGUCAUCAUGGGCCUCUUUGUGAAUACAUUCAUGACCGGAGCCGUCAGCGUGACAUGCGUCGUGCUCAUCCCAUUCCGCUAUCAGACAGCGGCGGGUCUCUCUCCCUUGCAAGCGGGCGCUCGCCUCAUCCUCUUCUCCGGGGCAUCGCCAAUCGGGGCGAUCGUUGCCGCUGCACUGUGCAAGAAGAGGAGGAUGCCGCCCCUGUAUGUCAUGAUGUUUGGAGAGAUCCUUCAGAUACUGGGUCUGGUCCUAGCCACGACCCUCUUGACGUCCUCCAACGACCGGGAUGAUCCUGCUCUAUAUGGCCUUCAGGUCUGUAUUGGAUUCGGCAUGGGCUUCGUAAUGGGUACGGCGACUCUAUUGACCCCUGCGAUUGCGGAGAGGAGAGACCUUGCGGUUGCUUCCGCUGCAGUAGUUCAGUUUAGGUUUCUUGGCGGUGCGGUCAUCUUGUCGAUUGCGACGGCAGUUGGGAACACAUGGAUUCGCAACUCACUGUCUGACGUCCUCAGUGCCGAGCAGCUGAAAGCCCUGUUCCGAUCCACGCAAUCCAUCAACAGGUUGCCGGAUGACUUGCACGAUGAGUGGCGGCAUUUCUCAGUUCCCUAA